AUGACGACCACAGGAACGACCAUGACGACCCACAGGAGCGACCAUGAUGACCUCAGAAGCGACCAUGACGACCUCAGGAGCGACCAUGAUGACCACAGGAGCGACCAUGACGACCACAGGAGCGACCACGAUGACCUCAGGAGCGACCAUGACGACCUCAGGAGCGACCAUGACGACCACAGGAGCGACCACGAUGACCUCAGGAGCGACCAUGACGACCUCAGGAGCGACCAUGACGACCACAGGAGCGACCACGAUGACCUCAGGAGCGACCAUGACGACCUCCGGAGCGACCAUGACGACCUCAGGAGCGACCAUGAUGACCUCAGGAGCGACCAUGACGACCACAGGAGCGAACAUGACGACCACAGGAGCGACCAUGACGACCUCAGGAGCGCCCAUGAUGACCUCAGGAGCGACCAUGACGACCACAGAAGCGACCAUGACGACCUCAGGAGCGACCAUGAUGACCUCAGAAGCGACCAUGACGACCACAGGAGCGACCAUGACGACCACAGGAGCGACCACGAUGACCUCAGGAGCGACCAUGAUGACCUCAGGAGCGACCAUGACGACCACAGGAGCGACCACGAUGACCUCAGGAGCGACCAUGACGACCUCAGGAGCGACCAUGACGACCUCAGGAGCGACCAUGAUGACCUCAGGAGCGACCAUGACGACCACAGGAGCGACCAUGACGACCACAGGAGCGACCAUGACGACCUCAGGAGCGACCAUGAUGACCUCAGGAGCGACCAUGACGACCACAGGAGCGACCAUGACGACCUCAGGAGCGACCAUGAUGACCUCAGAAGCGACCAUGACGACCACAGGAGCGACCAUGACGACCACAGGAACGACCAUGACGACCACAGGAGCGACCAUGAUGACCACAGGAGCGACCAUGACGACCACAGGAGCGACCAUGACGACCACAGGAACGACCAUGACGACCACAGGAGCGACCAUGAUGACCUCAGAAGCGACCAUGACGACCUCAGGAGCGACCAUGACGACCACAGGAGCACCAUGACGACCACAGGAGCGACCACGAUGACCUCAGGAGCGCCAUGA